CUCGCCAGCUCUAGCUAGUUUCCAGCUCCUCCCCUCCCAACUGCGAUGUCCUCGUCGUGGCUCCACUCCGACCGCCGGGGGCCUCGCUCCUGGAAGCAGAGCUGGACGGCACGCGCGCUCUCCUCCUGCUCGCUCCCGCCGCCGGGCCUGCUCGCCUUCUUCGCCAUCGUCAUCUUCUUCCUCGCCGUCUCCGGCUACGUCGACUACAAGGCCAUCGAGCGCCGCGCCGAGAUCGGUGCCCGCGUCUUCGCCGCGCCGCUCGCCCUCGCCGCCGCCUUCCUCCUCUUCGCUGCGCUCAGCUGGCGGCGCAGGUACUGGGCCACCAGGAGGCGUGCCCACCAACACCACCACCUGAUAACGCCGGCUCCGGCUACCAACUCGACAGCGGCGGCGCCCUGGGGCGUGGCGCUGGCGGUGGCCAUACUGCUGCUCAUGAUGUCGUUCCAGCCCGCCGUCCACUCCAUGUGGUUCAGGCCUCUCUGGGACACCGACGACUACUAGCUACCGAUCGAUAUCGUGCAUGCAUCUCCCUAGCUUGCUGCUUUCACUCAUCACAUCCCGGUCGCGGCCAUGGCGUUCCUUGAUCAUUAGUAAUUAGAUUAUUAUUAAUUAGUAAAUAGAAGCAAGUAACAUAUAUAUACUACUACUCCCUACUGAUGUAUGGAAUGGAAGAAGACAUCUAUCCAUAUGUCUGCUUUGUUUUUGCAGCUUAUGUUUCAUCCAUUUGCGCUACAUAUACAUACAUAUCUGAUCAUAUAGCGUGUUUUCCCA